AUGCCGGCCACAAAGGCGGAGAAGGAGGCGGCGACGGGCCUCGCUGGUCGCCUCAGAGGGAGUCCGGGAGGGAGGGGGCGAAACCCAAACAAACAGCGGAAACGCCGCCCGCACCAGGCCGCACUCGACCGGGCUGGGCCGCCGCCGCUGCCGCCCCGGUUCUCCGGGACAGGGCCAGAGCCCCGUAGAGGGGCCCCACCGUUUCCGAACUCCCUUGAUCCUACAGAUAGGCACCCCGACUUCCAGCCCCUCCAUCCUUCCCCGUGGCGAGCGUCCCAGCAGGCACGGGAAGGAACUCCCCUCCCACCCCUUGGCUCCUCGAGGAGAGGGAGGACACUUACCCUGCAGCGGGGCCCGGCUCCGGCGCCCGGCUCCCUCCGCCGCCGCCGCCGCCGCCACCGCCGCCACUGCCUCCUCCUGCUUCGGCUCCGCGCCCCGGCGCUGGCGCUGGCGCUGCCGCCGCCGCCACAGCUCUCCUCCCUCUUCUCUACUCCUCCUUUUUCUCCUCCUCUUUCCCAACUCCUCCUCCUCUCUUCCCCGUCCUCGUCCUUCGCUCCCAAGGGGCGCUGGGGGCACGCAGGCAGGCAGCCCACAGCCGCCUCCCAGCGGCUCAGCCCGGGGCGCGGAGGCACCCACGGUGGAGUGCGAGCACUCACGGGCACGCGGCCCGGGAACGAGGAAGAGGACAGUCCCGACCAGGGAAAGGAGGGGCGCCCGCAACUCUGUCCGGCUGCUGGAAAAGAAGUGAGGGUAAGAGGGGGAGCCAAGGAGAAGAGAGAGCCAGCCCCUUCCUCGAGCUCGGGCAGGAGCGUCCCGUUUCGUACACGCUUCCCCACCACCGCCUUCCUUUUGUAUCCAGCCUCUUUCUACUUCUUGCUACCUCAUUCUGCUUUCCUCUCUUGGAUUUACCCUGGGCCACACCAAAAAAAAAAAAAAAAAAAAAAAAAAAAGUCCUCAUUCCUUCUACGAAUUCAAACUUCCUUCCUGCCUUACCUGCCUCGCCCUUUCCCCUCACCUCAGCUGCCUGGAGCCACCCCAGCCAACAAUGCCAAGUUCUUCUCACCUUUCUUAGACUUCUCCAAAAGCAGCCACAUCCCCUUGCCUUAAGCAGCGGCGCCCAAAGUCUGAACCUGCUUGGGCUGGAGUGGGCAAAGAGGCAUUGACUGCCUGAGUCAGAGGAAAGGAAAAGAUAGAAGAGCAAGAAAACAGCUUGUACAUCGUACCCUUUGAAACAAGGAUGCUGCAGUAGCUUUAGUACCUAGCCUUUCUUACUUUCUGGUUUUAGCAGAUUCUUUGUUGUCUUCUGCCCAACAUUUCUUUGUUUUGGUAUUUUACAAGAGCUGUAUACGAAUACAGUUUUACAAAUAGAUAUGUCACUGAUCCCCAAGCAUGGAUCACAAUUGUAAAUUAGCAACUUUUUUCUCCCUUUCACACGGAAUACCUUCCCUUUUUCUUCUGGGAUCCUUAGUGUUCUCAACCUUCCUCUUACACAUAUUGUUAAUUAAUUGGUUAAGAUCCCUUUAAAUGACCAACCCUCAACCCUGGAGGACAGUGGAUUUCUUCCAUUAUUUUAGUUGUCUACUUUUUUCUUAACUGUUAAUCCGUAUUUUGGGAGUGAGCUCCCAAUAUAUGAUAUACAGUCAUGACAAAUCUGCACUUCUGCUCUUAUGUGGCGUGUCAAUAAGAAUAAAUUAGAUGAUAUUGCAGUUUUAAUUAAACUAAUUGAUGAACUGUUUAAAUUUGGGGAAUUACUGAUUUUAAAAUUGUAUUUCUUGAAUGGCAUGAGAUUAAGUAAAAUACUAGAAUACUUAUAAUUGUGUAAAAAUGGGUCUUUUGUAAUGGGGUUGGUUAUUUUUUAAAAUGUCUGGUUUAAUUCUUUGCUUACCAAACCAGUAGCACAGAGUAC